ACUCAGCACAUGUUCACAAGACGCAGACUCAUGAUCUACAUUCUCAUAGCCAGCUUUUCACUUAGACGAGAGGAAUCUUCAGUGUCCCAGGGAGUGUUCUGUUCUAGGUCUCUUGAGACUCCACUGGAGAUUCCGUUGGUGAACACUCACAACUCCAGAAUGCCUGUAGAGACCCUCCGGCCCUCAGACGGGCGUCUGGCGGGGGUCCCCUUCACCUCAGCCAUGCCUUUCCGUAUCCUCAACAAGGGACCCGACUACUUCCGGCGGCCCGCGGAGCCUGGAGCCCGUAAGCUGAGCGCGGUGGAGCGUCUGGAGGCGGACAAGGCCAAGUAUGUGAAGAGCCAGCAGGUGGUGCUCACCAGGCAGGAGCCUGUCAAACCACCCAUCAUCCGCAAGCCUCUGCUGUCCCCGGGCAUGAUGCUGCAGUGUCGGAUCAACGCCCCCCCGGCCCGCAAGGCUCCCCGGCGCCACGACUCAGAGAACGGAGGAGGGACAGGAGGGAUAGGGUGGCGGAGGGGACCACCUCUUAACCUGGAGAUCCUCAACAACCUCAUCAACAAUGUGUGUGAUGGACCCCUUCUCUGCUCCCCAUCUUCCGUCCCCACCUCGCCCUACACCUCCUCUCCUUCAUCUGGGGGGAACAGCAUGGAGAAUGGUCUCUCAGCUGACCGGGAGAGGAGCAAUCGAGUCCUGAGCAACCUUAAACCUGUUAAUAACUGCAACACCUCCUCCUCCACCACCUCCUCUUCUUCCACCUCCUCUCCCCUCAACAACAACAACAACAGCCAGACCUGCCCUGCCGAGCCCAGCCACCGGCCGCCCCCUGUCCCAGCACGGGGUAUCAGGGUGGGGGUGCCAGCGCCCUACAGCUCUCCUAACUCCGUGACGGUGCGCAGAGUGGAUGUGAGGCCCCAGGCUGAGCCGAGGAAGCCCCAGAGGACCCAGUUUCAGCCUCAGCUCAAGCCCAGACAAACUUCCCAGCCCCAGGUGGCUCAGCUCCAGGCCCCAUCACCACCACCCUCACAGCAGGCCAAGCCCCAGCCUCUCACCCCCACCCAGGCUUUGUCCUCUCCCCCAACCUGCCUGCCUCCCAGCCCCAUGCUGAUCCGGGCCGGCAUGAUGCCCCCAGCCUCCCCUGCUUUCACCCGCCUGUCCUCAGCCAGCUCCAGGGGGUCUCGGCCCGGCUCGGCCCGUAAACACCCCUCCCUACACCGCUCCAAGUCUGACCUGAGCGACCGGUACUCACGAGCCACAGCCGACCUGGAGCGCUUCUUCAACUACUGUGGGCUGCACCCAGAGGAGGUAGAGGGCAUGGGGGGAGUGGAGCGCUUCGCCAGGGCCAGCUCAGACAUUGUGUCUGUGUCCAAGCUGCGCAGCGCCAGCACCCCCAGCUCUGAGUGUGAGCAGGCGCGGGAACAAGGGGAAGUGGAGGGCGAGGAGGGUCCUGCCCAUCCCGGGGAGCGUGUCCCCUACGGAAUCUCAAUCAUCGAGAGGAAUGCUCGUGUCAUCAAGUGGCUGUACGGGAUCCGGCAGGCGCGGGACGCUGUGUCAAACGUUUAGAGGAAAGAGACAGGGGGGAGGCUCUGGAAUGAUACCCAGGCCUAGAGGAAAGAGACACGAGGGGGAGGCUCUGGAAUGAUACCCAGGCCUAGAGGAAAGAGACAGGAGGGGGAGGCUCUGGAAUGAUACCCAGGCCUAGAGGAAACAGACAGGAGGGGGAGGCUCUGGAAUGAUACCCAGGCCAAAAGGAAAGAGACAGGAGGGGGAGGCUCUGGAAUGAUACCCAGGCCUAGAGGAAAGAGACAGGAGGGGGAGGCUCUGGAAUGAUACCCAGGCCUAGAGGAAAGAGACAGGAGGGGGAGGCUCUGGAAUGAUACCCAGGACUAACAGAGGUUGUUUUUUAUUUAUUGAUAAAUCCCACAGACCAUUGAGGGGUACAUAUUUUCCAGGAGGACAUUGUCAUUCUGUAUUGUGUUGCCUUAUGGCAUGUAUAGUAUCAUUUCUUACAAGAGAUGAAGGACCAGAAAUCACACUCCUCUCUAAACAAAUUUUCAAAGCAAUAAUGUCAGUGGUAGAAAUGACUGAAUGCUGAGGAUGAUGGUGAUGUUGACCAGAUGCUGUGGUUCCUGCUGUCACUGUCUGUCUGAAAUACAGGUACUUCGGAGGCUGUGUUUAGAGUCCAGGGCCCCGUUCUGUCUACACAGGGGUCCAGGCCCCGUUCUCUCUGCACAGGGGUCCAGGGCCCUGUUCUGUCUGCACAGGGGUCCGAGCCCUGUUCUGUCUACACAGGGGUCCAGGGCCCUGUUCUGUCUACACAGGGGUCCAGGGCCCUGUUCUGUCUACACAGGGGUCCAGGCCCCGUUCUCUCUGCACAGGGGUCCAGGGCCCUGUUCUGUCUGCACAGGGGUCCAGGCCCUGUUCUGUCUGCACAGGGGUCCAGGCCCUGUUCUGUCUGCACAGGGGUCCAGGCCCCGUUCUCUCUGCACAGGGGUCGAGGCCCUGUUCUGUCUGCACAGGGGUCCAGGCCCUGUUCUGUCUGCACAGGGGUCCAGGCCCCGUUCUCUCUGCACAGGGGUCGAGGGCCCUGUUCUGAAUUUACAGAAUCUAAUGAUGCAAGAAAAGGCUCUGGGUGUUUCACAGCUCUCACACAUUCAGGUGUGUGUGUGUGUGUGUGUGUGUGUGUGUGAGGGGGGGACUUCAUUGAUACUGUGAAACAUGAAAGCUUCUGUAAAAGAACCUGUUUUUCUUUCUUGUAACCUUGUCUGUAAAACUGUUAAUUAAUACCGUUGCUGUCAAGCACACAAGUGAAAGUUAAUAUGUGUCCUCAUCUCAACACCUAUACUCACGACUCACCGUUGAAACAGACGUGUUCAGAUCAGUGAUAGAGUAUCGUCUAUAGCUGUGUACUGUGUCGGCGUUUUCUGCACCGCAAUUGAACACGGUCCCUAAUCAAACAUGGCUGCAUUGGUUCAGUUAGUUUAUUCAGUGAACAAGGUAUAUGUCUGGGCACGGAUGAUAAAGUCUUGUGAUGAGUGGAGGGUUGAGGUAAGUGUAGGUUGGAUGAGUAGGUUGCUGUCUCGGGUUGGAGGAGAGACACGCGGCUCAAUGGAAGAGGGAUCAGGACGGUCUAGUGAGACAGGUCGAUACAGGAAAGAGUGUGAGACGGAUUGAUACAGGAAAGAGUGUGAGACGGAUCGAUACAGGAAAGAGUGUGAGACAGGUCGAUACAGGAAAGAGUGUGAGACGGAUUGAUACAGGAAAGAGUGUGAGACAGGUCGAUACAGGAAAGAGUGUGAGACGGAUUGAUACAGGAAAGAGUGUGAGACGGAUUGAUACAGGAAAGAGUGUGAGACAGGUCGAUACAGGAAAGAGUGUGAGACGGAUUGAUACAGGAAAGAGUGUGAGACAGGUUGAUACAGGAAAGAGUGUGAGACAGAUUGAUACAGGAAAGAGUGUGAGACAGGUUGAUACAGGAAAGAGUGUGAGACAGGUUGAUACAGGAAAGAGUGUGAGACAGGUCGAUACAGGAAAGAGUGUGAGACAGGUUGAUACAGGAAAGAGUGUGAGACAGAUUGAUACAGGAAAGAGUGUGAGACAGGUUGAUACAGGAAAGAGUGUGCAACAGGUUGAUACAGGAAAGAGUGUGAGACAGGUUGAUACAGGAAAGAGUGUGCAACAGGUUGAUACAGGAAAGAGUGUGAGACGGAUUGAUACAGGAAAGAGUGUGAGACAGAUUGAUACAGGAAAGCGUGUGAGACAGGUCGAUACAGGAAAGAGUGUGAGACAGAUUGAUACAGGAAAGAGUGUGAGACAGGUUGAUACAGGAAAGAGUGUGAGACAGAUUGAUACAGGAAAGAGUGUGAGACAGAUUGAUACAGGAAAGAGUGUGAGACAGGUCGAUACAGGAAAGAGUGUGAGACAGAUUGAUACAGGAAAGAGUGUGAGACAGGGUUGAUACAGGAAAGAGUGUGAGACGGAUUGAUACAGGAAAGAGUGUGAGACGGAUUGAUACAGGAAAGAGUGUGAGACAGGGUUGAUACAGGAAAGAGUGUGAGACAGGGUUGAUACAGGAAAGAGUGUGAGACGGAUUGAUACAGGAAAGAGUGUGAGACGGAUUGAUACAGGAAAGAGUGUGAGACAGGUCGAUACAGGAAAGAGUGUGAGACAGGUUGAUACAGGAAAGAGUGUGAGACAGGUUGAUACAGGAAAGAGUGUGAGACAGGUUGAUACAGGAAAGAGUGUGAGACAGAUUGAUACAGGAAAAGUGGAUUAUCUCAAAAGGAAACCGUGUACACGACAUAGUCUACUGAAAUGGACCAAUAUUUAUUUUUACAAUGUCAUUUGAAGUUACCAACUAUUGUAAUAUUCAACAACCAGUGUAUAGCGUUAAAAAUGUGUACAAAAGUACAAUCUGAUCGUAUCUAUGUGACCAUGCACAUACACACACACACACACACACACACCUAGGCACCAGCCACACAACAUGAGUGUGAAUGUUGUGUGUAACUGAAUGCUGAAGUACGUGUGAUGAUAGUGUAAUAUGCACUCUGCUCUGUGGGAAAGAAAAGGAGGGAAGACUAUUUAUUUGACUUCCUGUUCCUCUCAGGGGAGACAGACGGAUGGGCUCAGCCAUGGUCUGGUCUGGUGUUAUGAUGAUGUGGGUCUGGGCCUGAGCUCCAUGGUCUGGUCUGGUGUUAUGAUGAUGUGGGUCUGGGCCUGAGCUCCAUGGUCUGUUGAGUUCAACACUGUCUGGCUGCCCAAAGAAAAGUCAAGCUAUCCUUAUGCUGCAACAUGGUGUCUUUCUUAACAUGUCAAUAAAAAAUAAUGUUUUUUUUUUUAAAGUA